AACGGUAAUCCUGUGAGUCAUAUAUCUCGAAUUUCGCGAUCUUGCGUGACUUCAUCUCUAUCAAUCUUUUUUGCACACCUUCGUUUUGUUUUGAUAUACGAAGACACGAAAGGAUGACGUAUCCGCGAAAAUGGUGAAUAAGGAAACGUAAAUGAUUUCUUGGAAAAAUCUGACGAUAAUUUUUCCAAUUUUGUACCUUUCGCGGAAGAUCUCUGUAGAGUUACUAAUAGGCUUCAGUCGCCUAGGAAUUGACAGUGACGUUAACCGUGUUCUUUAUGGCUUUUUGACAGUUAUAAAAAUGUCUCGACAGGAUAUUUUACAUCUUUUAUGUUUAAUAUUUCUCGCAAACAAUUGCGUGAAUUACAGUUCAUGCGCCUUUCAUGAUCAUUACGUGGAGUAUUCAUUGGACUCGGAAAAGUUUUGUCAUAUAUAUGGUAAAACAACAACUACCGAAAUUAAAAAUUCUACGAUAAUAGUAAGAUCGAAGCACAUGUUUGAUCCGUGGGUCGAGGGACGUAAAAAUGUUCAUUGCAAAUUCGUUAUUAAAACGGCUAAAGGAGAUGGUUUAUUUGGUGUGAUUCAGAAAUUGUCUUUUAGACGAAAUGGAUCACAGUGCUUGGAUUAUGUACAGUUUAAAAGAAAAGAUCAUCAUCGGACAGAAAAGUUCUGUGGUUACCUUGACCGUAGUAGGGUAAAAUUUCUAGUUCAGGAUUCUGAUGGCUCGUCGCUGGUAACUUACGCAGAAUUUGAUCCAAGUAGCCACAGCUCUGGAGCUGAAUUAGAAACAGAAAUAUUUGUUUCAAAUGAAAAAUUACAAGAGGGAGAAUUUUUGUCUCUUAGCAUUGCUUACACUGUUUUUAAAAAUUGCAGCAAGGUGAACCAGAAAGAAUACGCGCCAAUAUUUCACGGCGGCUGCUUAUUAAAUGAAUACUUCUGCGACGGAAUUUACAACUGCGCACCGGGUGUUUGUUCAGAUGAAAAGGAUUGUCCAGUUAAUCUCAAUGAAAUUAUUAGCACCGGUACUGGUACAAAAGUCACGAUAGGUGCAGUAACUACAGUGAUAUUGUGUUUCAUCAUAUUCGUUAUGUGUCUAUGGAUUUGUAAAAGGUCACAAAAGUUAUACUGGGCUGUGGAUUAUACCGAUCAAAAUGCUGCAAGAACAGUGCCGCCCGAAGCCGAAAGAUCUACGAAUCCCCCAGUUCCUUCGGCACCCAUAUUAGAGGUUGCUGUACCUUCCUCUGUUAAUAACAAAGACCUGCCACCUAGUUAUGAUUCAUUAUUUCCAGAACAAAGUAAUCCCGUUAGAUCGUAAUUAGAAAGACAUGUUACUUUGUGUAACUGACCGAUAUCGACAGCAUUUUAUCUAAUGUUUUAAUUAGAUAUUGCUGUAUACAAUGCAGUUUUCGGAUAUAUGGUAUGAAUGAGUGCCUUUCUGAAUGAACGAGAUAUAAUUAGAAAAACAUGCGCUCGAAAAAGAGAUAACUAAUUCUUUUCUACGUUCUUUUUCUCGCGUUUUAUAUAAAUUUUUUGGAUAUCGUAUACAAUAUUAUUUGUAAUAAUGAACAUUUUUGUAUGCCGCUUAUUCAUUUUGUAAGAUGCAUACCAUUUGAUAACGUUUUAUUAAAGUAUAUGUGAGAAUGAAAUUUCUUAUACAUAUAAGACACGAAGCGACACUUAAAACUGAAAUUGAUUAGUGAUUUAACGUCGAUACUUUAUUAUAGGAUAACGUUUUGUUUAUAGUUCAUAAGCUUUUUGUUUUUAAAUAUUCAAAAGAUACAGUAUUUAAUGAAUUUAAUAUUUAUGAGAUUGUUUUUUAAUUUUUAUUAAUCGAUUGCGACUUAAUAAUAUAAAGUUUUGCAAUUAGAGUACCGUAUAGCGUUGGUACUCUAUAUUGUCAACUUAUAAUCAAAUAUAUAUAUACAUAUAUAUAUAUAUAUAUAUUCACUACUUAUACGUAGCAUAUUUAUGCCAAAUUUUAUAAACAUAUAAAAUGCAAUGCUGCGGACAUGUGUAUAUUUUGAAAAUUUAUUUGUUAUAAAUGUAUACACGAUGACACUAUAAACAUUACAUUUCUCAUAAUAAAAUUAUUAAAAAAUAUUGAAAUGAUUAUAAUAUUUACCGUACUUAUUAUUACUUCUGUAAACCUGAAUCUUCAACUUUUUUCUCUGAAAGAUGUUCGUGUAACCACAAACAAGCAUUAAUAACAUUAUCAAUUUCAACUGGUCCUGAUGCUAAAGGAUGAUUAUCCUCGUAAAGUAGCAUCCUGUAAUAAUAAUUUGUAAACUUCUGUAAACUUAAGAAAAUAAAAUUUUUAUUUACAAAAUUUCUA